UAUCAAUCUCCUUCUUCCUUUCAUUUAAUCCUUGCCAUUGUUUUUUCGCAUUUCUUUUCUAUUUGUUCUUGAUUUCUUCCAAUUGAUCAAGCAUGGCCUCUAAUCAUCUUGUAAAUCCUGCAAAUCCUUACUUUCUUCAUGCUGGAGAAAAUACGGUCAUUUUUCUUGUUUCACCUCCUCUUACUUGUAGGGAAUUUCCACCUUCUUUCUUGGAAGUUGUCAAGAGGCAUCUCACACCUUCUUGGAAGGAGCUUUCCAACAUAUAAACAUGGGAGAAGAUAUGGAGAUAACUAUGGAAGCUUAGAUGCAACUUCCUCUUGUCUCCAAACUAGCCUAUAAAUACAGUGUUCCAUGUUGUUCAUAAUCAUCUGUUUAGAAAGUGAGAAAAGUGUGUGAAGAGUGAAAUACACUUAGUGUAGAAGUGUAUUGGUGAUGAUUGAUUUUUUGUAAUAGUUGAGUGUGAGAGUUUGCUCCUCCUAUUGUAAUUCUGUUCUUGAUAUUGAAUAGAAGAAUUUUCCAAUCCCAACAAGUGGUAUCAAAGAGAGGUUCAUAUCCAAGAACAAUACAUCUGAUGCCAAGACCACUGGAAACUUUCUCAAAAUUGUGACUUUCAUAACUUUCUCAUUCAACAGAGUGGCACUACUGAAACUGUUUCUGUGAACAAUGAUCAAAACUCAACCCCUCUCACUGAGAAUUCUACAAGAUGCUCAAAAAAGAUUAUUAAACCUCCUUCUUAUUUGUCAGAUUACUAUUGUGGCACCAUUUCAUCUUUUGAAAAACCACUAACUUCACGUUAUCCUUUGCAAUCUUAUCUUUCUUAUGCUAAAUGUUCUUCUACACACACUUCUUUUUGUAUGUCCAUCUGUGCCUAUACUGAGCCAAAAAUCUUUCAAAGAAGCUGUUAAAUUUGAUUCUUGGAAAGAAGCAAUGAUGACUGAAAUAAAAUCUCUUGAAACCAAUCAAACUUGGUCAUUGGUUAAACUACCUCCUGGCAAACCUGUCGUAGGUUGUGGAUGGGUUUACGAAGUAAAACAUAAAGCAGAUGGUAGUUCAAGGAUUCACACAGACAGGGGGGUUGAUUUCUUUGAAACUUUUUCUCCAGUAGCUAAACUAACUACUGUGAGAUUUCUCUUGUCAGUUGCAGUUUCACAGAAUUGGCAUUUACAUCAAUUAGAUGUUGAUAAUGCCUUUUUACAUGGAGAUCUACAUGAAGAGGUGUAUAUGAAGCUUCC